AUGAGAUUUUCCAGGUUAUCGGCAGCAACUGCUGCAUGGAUAUUGUCGACAAAAGUCGCUGCACAGACCUAUACUAGUUGCGAUCCCCGAGAACAAACUGGCUGUCCAGCUGACCCAGCUCUCGGCGGCUCCGCAAGCUUCGAUUUCACCAAAGGAGCCCAGAAAAAUUGGACGACAUCCGGCACAGUCACAUACAGCAGCAGCACCGGUGCAGGCUUCACAGUCGCCAGCGAGGGCGAUGCGCCCUUAAUCACCUCCGACUUCUAUAUCAUGUGGGGACAUCUCGAAGUCGUCAUGCAGUCAGCCCCCGGCACCGGCAUCGUCAGCAGCAUAGUAAUGCAAUCGGACACUCUAGACGAAAUUGAUCUCGAAUUCCUUGGCGGCGAGGAUACGAGCGUACAAACAAAUUACUUUGGUCAUGGCGACACAUCCGAAUACAACCGUGAGCAAACGAUCGCAAUGUCGAAUAAUCAAAACAGUUUUCACAAAUACACAGUCGACUGGACGGCCAACAUGAUUGUGUGGCAGAUCGACGGCACCACUGUUCGCAGCAUGGCUCCCGCAGACGCUGAUUCGGGUCAAUACCCUCAGACACCCAUGAUGAUCAAAAUCGGUAUUUGGGCUGGCGGCGACCCCAGCAAUCCAUCAGGCACAAUCAGCUGGGCCGGCGGAACCACGGAUUACAGCAAAGGUCCUUUUACCAUGUACUGCAAAUCGGUGUCGGUGAUUGAUUAUUCGACUGGAAGUGAAUAUGUUUAUACCAGUGAAAGUGGGACGUCCGACUCGAUCUCGGCUGUGGGAGGUAGUGUUGAUGGCAACAUGGCCGCAACCGCGUCGGUUGCAACGGAUGCUUCAGCGGCGACGAUCACUUCAUCCGGAGGCGAGGCUCCGCUUCCGUGGUCUGGCACGCAUAGAGAGACAUCGUCGUGGAGUACACCAGACAUUUGGCCCUGGGUUGCGACGGCCACGGCAUCGCUUACGAAUAGUAAUCCUUCGUCGGGGCAUACUACUUCAGGGGGAGAUAAGUUGGCACCAUUGACGGUGUAUCAGAAGUAUUUCCCGGUGUACUUCAUCUCCGCAUCCCUUGCCUUUGGAUUCCUGUUUCCUUUGUGGCGUUAG